AAUCCACACCCAAUUAUAAAUCAACUACAAAUGAAGAAAAAAUUGGACAUCCCUUCGAUCACCAUUAUAUUGUAACAAGCAAAAGACACACAUGAUGAUCAUGAAGGCCUCUAAGUUCCUCAUGCUGAAUGCUAUUGUAACAGUCGCACUCGUCUCAGUAACUUUUGCUUCAGACCCUGACUCUGACUCAGCGAAUGUGUUUAGACCAGUUAGUAUAGCAGGGUCCCAAGAUGUCCUCUCUAAAGCUGAGAUGAUCCAAUUGAAAUUAGGAGCAUUUGGAGCAGAAAGUAUUGCUUUUGAUCCAAAUGGUGAAGGGCCAUAUACUGGAGUUGCUGAUGGUCGCAUUCUUAAAUGGCUACUACAUGCUCAAGUUUGGGUUGACUUUGCUGUCACCUCUUCCCAAAGGAAGAAUUGUAGUCAGGCCUCUGCCCCUGAAAUGGAACAUAUAUGUGGAAGGCCAUUGGGCUUACGAUUUGAUCAUAAUACUGGAGACCUUUACAUUGCUGAUGCCUACUUGGGCCUCCAAGUUGUAGGCCCAACUGGAGGAUUGUCUAGCCCAUUAGUCCAAGAUUUUGAAGGCCAGCCUCUUAGCUUCACAAAUGACUUAGAUAUUGAUGAUCAUGACAAUGUCAUUUACUUCACAGACACAAGCACAAUCUACCAACGCAGGCAAUUCGUUGCGGCGACUGCAAGUGGAGAUAAAACAGGCAGGCUGAUGAAAUAUGACAAAUCAACCAAACAAGUAACAGCCGUACUAAGAGGCCUUUCUUUUGCAAAUGGUGUAGCCUUAAGCAAAGACCGGUCCUUCGUGCUAGUAGCUGAAACAUCUGCAUGUAGAAUACUAAGGUAUUGGCUGAAAGGUCCCAAUGUAGGAACCCACGACACAUUUGCUGAGCUACCAGGAUUUCCAGACAACGUUAGAAUGAAUUCAAAAGGGGAAUUUUGGGUCGCGUUGCAUGCAAAAGCAUCACCACUUUCCCGAUUGAUAACGUCAAAUUCGUGGCUCGGGAAGACAUUGUUGAGGAAAUUCAAUUUUCAGCAAAUGCACAACUUGUUAGUGGGAGGGCAGCCACAUGCUACCGCGAUUAAGUUAAGCGAAGAGGGGGUGAUUUUGGAGGUUUUAGAAGAUGUUGAAGGCAAGAAGUUGAGGUUUAUUAGUGAAGUUCAUGAGGAGGAUAAUGGAAAGUUGUGGAUUGGUUCUGUUAUGAUGUCCUCUUUGGGAGUUUAUCAAUUGUCUUAAAGAAAAAAAAGUACCACUAUUCUAUUAUUUUAUAAAUUUGAUGAUAAUUUUUUUUUGUAAUUGUGCUGUUACAGAAUGAAUCCUCAGUAUUUGUUAUUUAUAGUAGCCUAGGCCCUAGGUUCAUAUUCCA